AUGAGCCUAAUACCGGUCCGUGGACAAGCGCCGGCGGGCGGAUGGGCCAAUCCUACCAGCGUUGCUAGAUUGAUUACCUACAUACAUGACAUUGCUACCAAAGAAUUGGCAGACGAGCAGAUCGAUCAUGGGGGCUGCAGCAACAGUGGCGGCAAUGGCAGUUAUCAACUCUUCAUUCCUGCGCACAUUGAGACAGAUGCAGAACGCUGCAGAAAACUGCAGAAAGGCAAAAUGGGAGAAGUCGGAAAGUGCCGUCAAAAGCCGUUGAAGCCGUGCUCACUCACCGGCGUCAUCGUCAUCUGCCUUCCUCCACCGUGGCAUCAUUGGCUUGCAUUAAGCUCGGGUAGUGACAUGGCGCGCGCCUCUUCCUCGCUGCCAGCCACCGGAUAUCGGGCCCAGCCUUUGCCUGGCGCCGUGGCAACAUGGGAAAACCGAUGCGAAGCGGAAUGAUGGAGGUAUAUCAUGGAAAAAAGCAUGAAGGAUGGACGUGUGUGAGUGUGUGUGUGUGUGAUUUGUGUGUGAUGUCUGUGAUGAGUGUGUACUGGCAGGUAUCGCAG